CGCAGGCUUGCAGGUGCCACGGCCGGUUGGAUGCAGCCAGUCUCCGGGUUCACUGGUGGGAGGGGUUGAGUCGCGGACUGGGAUGUGUGUGGCUGAUCACGCUUCGGCAGUGUUAGUGCGUGACAAGAAGACGAGACGACACUACAGCUGUGGCUCUCCGGUGCUCCGCAGUUUACCGGGCUACCGACCCCAAAUCUCUGACGAUACACCUGUGGAAAGCACGCGCCAUCCGUGACCUUAGUGGAUUGUGGCGCGGGCAGGUUAUGAGGCCCCUCAUCUCAUGCCGUCCCCAGCUCCAGGUUGCCACGGCAACGACCCAGCAUCCUGCUCAGGGUCGUCAUAGAAGCUCUCGGACAAAUGACAGCACGGUUCAAAGCCGCAUGAUUCCAGAAUCCCCUUUUUGUGUAAUCAGAUACAGAAAGUUCAGAGAAGGAACAAAGCAACUGGACUGAACUUCCUCACUGUGAUUGUGUCUUUGGCCCAAACCGGAACAAAGACACGGCCUCUAAUUUACUCCGAAAUGGUCAGCCUGUAUCUCUUUGCGAUGUUGCUACUGGCGUCACUGGCGAAGGCAGGCCAGGCCAGCGAGCGGCGCGUUGUGGCCCACAUUCCCGGUGACAUCAUCAUCGGUGCCCUCUUCUCCGUCCACCACCAGCCGCCGGCCGACAAAGUGCACGAGCGCAAAUGCGGGGCGGUUCGGGAGCAGUACGGCAUCCAGCGUGUGGAGGCCAUGAUGCACACGCUGGACCGAAUCAACGCUGACCCCAAACUCCUCCCCAACGUCACGCUGGGCUGCGAGAUCCGAGACUCCUGCUGGCAUUCCGCCGUCGCUCUGGAGCAAAGCAUUGAGUUCAUACGGGACUCGCUCGUCGCCGCCGACGAAAGCGAGGAGGCUGGGGGCGGGGCCAAGUGUGCCGAUCCCGAAGCCACGCCCAUGAAGGGCAAGAAGCCAAUCGUGGGGCUGAUCGGUCCGGGUUCGAGUUCUGUGGCCAUUCAAGUGCAGAAUUUGCUGCAGCUGUUUAAUAUCCCGCAGAUCGCGUACUCUGCCACCAGUAUGGACCUCAGUGACAAAUCACUCUACAAAUACUUCAUGAGGGUCGUGCCAUCGGACGCCCAGCAGGCCAGAGCCAUGGUGGACAUAGUGAAGAGAUACAACUGGACCUACGUAUCUGCCAUCCACACCGAGGGUAACUAUGGUGAGAGUGGGAUGGAGGCGUUUAAAGAGAUGGCGGGAAAGGAAGGUAUUUGUAUCGCUCACUCGGAUAAAAUCUGGAGUAACGCCGGCGAGCAGAGCUUCGACCGUCUGCUGGUCAAACUGCGCAAGUAUCUGCCCAAAGCUCGCGUGGUGGCAUGUUUCUGCGAGGGCAUGACCGUACGAAACAUCCUGAUGGCCAUGAGACGAAAAAACCUCGUCGGAGAGUUCCUGCUGGUCGGCAGUGACGGCUGGGCGGACCGAUACGACGUCACUGACGGGUACGUGCGCGAGGCUGCCGGCGGCAUCACCAUAAAGCUGCAGUCCGCAGACGUCAAGUGGUUUGACGAUUAUUACCUGAAACUGCGUCCCGAAAACAACCCACGAAACCCCUGGUUCCCCGAGUUCUGGCAGCACCGCUUCCACUGCCGGCUGAAGGGACACCUGCAGGAGAACAGCAAAUACAACCGCACCUGCGGCAAGCGGGAUUCUCUGCGGCAGCAGUAUGCACAGGACACCAAGAUGGGCUUCGUGAUCAAUGCCAUCUACAGCAUGGCCUACGGCCUCCACAACAUGCAGAAAGCGCUGUGUCCCGGUGUGGUGGGUCUGUGUGAAGCCAUGCGGCCCAUCGAUGGGUCAAAACUUCUCGACUUCCUCAUGAAGACCAACUUCACUGGAGUGACCGGGGAAAACAUUUACUUUGACGAGAACGGAGACUCGCCUGGGAGUUACGUGAUCAUGAACUUUAAGAAGAUGGGCAAAGACUAUUUCGACUACACGAACGUGGGCAGCUGGGACAUCAGCGGACUGCAGAUCAAUGAUGACGAGAUCUGGCCCACCAAAGACGAGAUUAUUAAAUCUGUGUGCAGCGAACCCUGCGAUAAAGGUCAAAUCAAGGUGAUCCGUAAAGGAGAGGUCAGCUGCUGUUGGACAUGCACUCCCUGUAAGGAGAACGAGUUUGUUUUUGACGAGUACACGUGUCGCGCGUGUGAGCUUGGAUCCUGGCCCACCAAUGACCUCACUGGAUGUGACCCCAUACCAGUGAAGUAUUUGAGGUGGGGUGACCCUGAGCCCAUCGCGGCUGUGGUCUUCGCCUGCUUGGGCCUGAUGGCCACAUUCUUCGUCACCUCCAUCUUCAUCAUCUACCGUGACACUCCAGUGGUGAAGUCGUCCAGUCGCGAGCUGUGCUACAUCAUUCUGGCGGGCAUCUGUCUGGGCUACCUGUGCACCUUCUGUCUUAUCACCAAACCUCACGUCAUCUACUGCUACCUGCAGCGGCUGGGCAUCGGCUUAUCGCCCGCCAUGAGCUACUCUGCCCUCGUCACAAAGACCAAUCGCAUCGCUCGGAUCCUGGCCGGCAGCAAAAAGAAGAUCUGCACCAAGAAGCCUCGUUUCAUGAGCGCCUGCGCCCAGCUGGUGAUCGCCUUCCUACUGAUCCUCCUGCAGCUGGGCAUCAUCGUGGCGCUCUUCGUGAUGGAGCCUCCCGACGUCAUCCACGACUAUCCCUCCAUCCGCGAGGUCAACCUCAUCUGCAACACCACCAACUUAGGCGUGGUGGCGCCGCUGGGCUACAACGGCCUUCUCAUCAUGAGCUGCACCUUCUACGCCUUCAAGACGCGCAACGUUCCCGCCAAUUUUAACGAAGCAAAGUACAUCGCCUUCACCAUGUACACCACCUGCAUCAUCUGGCUGGCUUUCGUGCCCAUUUACUUCGGCUCCAACUACAAGACCAUCACCAUGUGCUUCUCCGUCAGCCUGAGUGCCACCGUGGCUCUAGGCUGCAUGUUCGUGCCGAAGGUUUACAUUAUCCUGGCGAAACCGGAGAGGAAUGUCCGCAGUGCGUUCACUACGUCGACGGUGGUGCGCAUGCAUGUGGGAGACGGAAAAUCAUCAUCUGCGGCCAGCCGGUCGAGUAGCCUGGUCAAUCUGUGGAAGAGACGAGGAUCGUCAGGAGAGACGCUCAGCUCUAAUGGGAAGUCGGUGACGUGGGCCCAGAAUGAGUGCAGUUCCAAAGGUGGCCACCUGUGGCAGCGUCUCUCCUUCCACAUUAAGAAGCGUGAAAGCAACCAGACGGCUGUGAUCAAGCCUUUCUCCAAAACGUCUGAGGGACGCUACUGCGGAGGCAGCGACAUCAACACAGACAACAGCAACAACAAGAUGCUCUACGAGGUCACCGAAGUGGAGGAGCGCUACCCCAUCACCUACCGGCCCCAAACACCCUCACCGAUCAGCACCGUGACGCAGAGAGCGAGCAUCGCAUUAUCACAGAGCACCGGCGCCGCCGACUCCCAGGUCUUGAGCGUCUCCACAUACAUGUGUCAGCCUCCGCACCGAGGUAACGGCGGUGGAAGUGCGUCACAGGGCUCUCUGAUGGAGCAGAUUAGCUGCGUGGUGAACCGCUUCACUGCUAACAUCAGCGAGCUCAAUAGCAUGAUGCUCUCCAAUUCUCCUCCAGGGGACGCCGUGGGUUUGUCCACCAGCGCGUCUGCACACGCUCACACUGUGGAGCCUUGCUGCCCUCCGCCCUACCGCUUGUCCCGAGAAAUUUCCAUGCCGACUACCAUGACCACCUACGCCGAAAUCCAGCCCCUCCCACCGGUGGAGUCUAACGUGGGUCACUCCGCCCCUCCCUGUCCACUUUCCAGUUCGUCACGACUCAAAACUUCGCCCACGACCAGUGGGAAGGAGCUAAAGGGGGGCGUGUCCUCAGCUCUACAGUCGCCGCCCAAUCAGCAGGAGCUUGAGGAACUGCUAGCGCUGACUCCGCCCUCCCCGUUCAGGGACUCCGUGGGGUCAGGUAGCGGCUCGCCGAGUUCUCCCGCUUCUGAUACCGAAACAUCCACUCUUCCGCCCAUCCCAAAAUACGAGUGCCUGGUGCUCCGACACUACAGCCAGAGUUCGUCUUCAUUAUGAGGACAACAGAUGGAAGAAUGGAGCGCCGAAUGGCGUUAUUCAUAUAGGCGGAGACGGACACUGCUUGAGUGUGUGUUUACAUGUUCUCACCUUCGGACCAAUGCAAAACAGGGCGUUGCUGCCCCUGCGGAGAAAUAUCUGCAACAUCAGACCUGCAGUAGAAUCACAACGGUGUCUAAUCGUUCGUCUAGUUGGCAUUCCGUUGGUCUAUUUUGGUAGUGGCCUUAAACAAACAUGGCUUUCAUCUAAUUAGUGCUGUUUCUAUGAGGACUACAAUAUGUUGCUGUGUCCCCAGCAGGACGGGGGUGGACGAACACCCAACCUGGGACGUUCCCAUACAUGGACAUUAUGAGCCUUUUUUGCUAUGUUCAUCAUCAAACAAUGAGAUUAUUAAGGGCUGGAAAAAAGCACGGCAGCAAAGGGAAAAGCCUGUAUAAUUACAUGUUGCGUAACUCGUACGCGACUGCUGGUGCGCUGUAAUAAUUGAAGAGUGCGAGGUGAGGUCCCCGAUGCUUUCUGAGAUUCAAACACAAUCUUUGAACAAAGUGCUUUGUUUGAUGUACCACAGGACAGCGUGAGAGAGCAAACAGACCGAUACUCAGACACCUCAGUCAUUGUCCAUCAUUUUCUCUUCUCCUUUUUCUCUCUCUUUUCUCCCUAUUCUGCCAGUAUUCUGCCUUUUUCAGGAACAGAAUAUAUGGGUGAAUCUCAUGAAACUUGCUAAGAUUAUAUUUCAAGUAGUCCAUUCAUUCAUUCAUUCAUUCAUUCAUUCUAUAAUAAAUUAAUUGCAUAUAGAAAACUAAUAAAAAAAAUUUAUUUACUUAAAUUUUUUUUUCAAAAAUUCAUAAUUUAUUAUUUUAAUAUUGGGUCAUUAUUUAAAAAUACUUGAAAACAACUGCAAUGGUCUUAAAAUGCGCUUAACAUCCUGUAGGUAAAAUAUUUAUUUAUUUAUUUUCUUUUAAAUUGGUUUGUUUAUUUAUUUAUUAGCAAAAAUAUAGGAUUUAUUAAAUUUAAUAGAUAAUAGAUUUGUUUAAAAAAAGAGAUUUAUUUAAAACGGUUAAUUCAUUAAGCAAACAGAUUUUUAUUUACAAAUAUUUUUAUCUAUUUAUUCAAUUUAUUCAUUCAUUUAUAAAAAUGCAUACAUUCGUUCACUCAAUAAUUUCUAUUUAUUAUUAUUAUUAUUAUUUAAUUUUUAUUGUAUUUAUUUAUUUAUUUUUAAUCUGAACACGACUUCAUGAGAUUCUUUUUUAAUUAUUAUAAUUUUUAUUUAUUUAUUUAUUUUGGUAGAUUUAAUUGUGGGACCAAAUUCAUUGCCAAAUGAUUGUGGUACCAUGAUACAGUGGUAAUAUCAGAUGGUAAUACCAUGGCACACAAAAAGGUACUUUUAAGAAUACUAUAGUACUUACACAUAUCACCCCUAAUAAACUAGUUCACAGUGGUUAAUCAGCGAACUGAAUCAAAUCACAGUGAACAACAUUUUGGUCUGGUCCUAAAGUCAACAUGGAACAAAAAUGCACCCUGCUUACUUCCUCAAUACACAUUCCUGGUGUUAUUUUAGACAAUUAAUCUGUGCACAUUACUCCAAAGAAAAAUAACUUGCUCCACCUCUGAAAUUAUGUACAAAUUGUCACAUUACAGAAGUAUAAUGAGCUGCAAAUGAUGUUUCAUGUUGACUUUAAAUAAUACUUUUCUCUAGCAGAAGGGCUUUUUAUGUAAUCUUAAAGAUGUAUGUUGUUCUAUCUAUCAUAUCAUUCUAUCUAUUAGGUUUUGAAUCAUAAAGAAUGAGUUAUGAGUUCCCCAUGAAGCCAUUCUAAUAAUUUUGAUUGAUCGUUCCUAUCGAUUGUGUAAAUAUCAAGGGCAUGCGACAGCACCAAGUCUAGUAAAGUUUUAUCAGUGACUUAUUGUCGAACCUGAACAAUAGCAGUAAUUUUACACAGAUUACAUGAGGACGGAAUAACAGAAGAUUUUACGAGUCUAAAGAUGUCUUUUCUUACCAUUCCCUUGUGUACAGAACGUGCUUAGAUGAAUGUGAGGCUACUAAAGUGUCUAGCAAUUAUAUGAAAAACAAAAAAGUGAAAUUUAAAAGUAAUAUUUAUCUUAAUAGAGCUUUUAGUGCCAAAGGGGGGAGGGGAGGGGGAGGGGCCGAAAUGUGUGUUUUUCGUAACAUAAUGAUAUGAAUCGUUUUUAUGGUGAUGAGUAUUCUUUUUAUAUAUUAUAAAUAUAUAUUAUAAAUAUACCAGACUUUGGGACUCAAAGCAAUACAAACCAUACGCAUAUACAAAGCACAUUGGCUUUAGACAAUAUUUGUGCUACAUCAAGUUUUCUAAUCAUUUUGAAACUUCUUUCUGUGAAUGAGAACUCUUCCUCUGUAUCUGAUUUCAUAUUUCGGGGAUUCAGGCCGCGUCUACGCCAGAAACACAUCAAAACUAGAUCGCUCACAUUAAAAUCAGUGCUUCUGUCUAGACUUAAAUCUGCACAUCUGCUUCAGACACUUUAUAAUCCACCAUCACCUGAAAUACAAUUUUAUUGUUUUUGAAUUAACUCUGUUUUAUGAAUUUUAUUUGUUAUAUAUUUAAAUAAGUACCAACAGUUACAUAAAAGCCAGCUAACUACUGUAUAUGUUGUAGCAAUACUAACAUUCUUAUAAUAAGUAUAUGAUGAUAAAUCAGGAUGGUCACUUCCAGUGUAGACAGUCUCCUAACCAGGCACAACACGAUAAAGUAUGAAAGCUUAUGUUCGCACAAGCAAAAUAAAUAAAUUAAUAAAUAAAAAGUCAUUGUGAUUUUUUUUUAUCGCACAUUUCCGACUUUUUUUUGCAAUUGAAUGAAAAAAAUAAUCAUAAUUGCGUGAUAUACUAAUCUCAGAAGUGUGAGAUAGACAAACGCACAAUUCUAAUAA